AGGUAGUCCCUCCCCGUUUUGGUCCGUUUGGUGUCAAGUGAAUACAACCCUGUGUAGUUUUGUAACACAGCAAUAAUGAAUUUACGCAAGUUCUAUAUCGACAUUAUUAUGCGCAUUCUGGUGUUCAUACGUGCAGCAGAAACUACACCUUCAAUAGGGUGAGGAUCAUUCUACAAUUUGACAUUUAUACGUAACGACACCAGUCUCUAGCCGAGAUGACCCAGGUGCGAAGGUCGGUGGGAGAGGCGCUGUGGGGAAUGUGUGCCGCCGACGCCAUGUCCAUGCCUGCGCACUGGUACUACAACAUCGAUGACAUCAAGAGAGAUUUUGGAGGAUGGAUCACCGGCUUCAACGCACCCAACAACAGACACCCGUCCAGCAUCCUCACCCUCUCCAACUCAGCGGGGAGCGGUCGCACUGCAUGGUCCUCUGGUGGGAACAGACCCCAUGUUGUGGGUAGCGUAAUCCUCCAUAACAAGCUCAAGUUCUGGAAGGCAUCGGGUGGAUCGGUCCACUAUCACCAAGGUCUCCAGGCUGGUGAGAAUACCCUGAAUGCCAUCUGCUCCCUGAGGGUGGCACAGGCCCUGACAGGGGGGAAGUUUGCCAGCGUGGCAGAACCAGCGGCGAGGGGGGCGGUGCUGGCUGAUUACGUACACUUCAUGACCACGCCAGGAACACAUGGAGACACCUACGCAGAGUCCUUCCACAGAGCAUUCUUCUCCGACUGGCAAGACACCAGACCCACUUCCUCAAGCAAGGUGUUGGAGUUUGCAGAGCAGCGCUACCAGCAGAAGAUGAACGUGUCAGUCCCUGACAGCCAGCUAGACGCUAUUGGCUGCCUCCCCAUGGCCAUCCCCUUUGUGCUUCUCUCUGCCACAGCCAAUGAGGACCAAGCUGUGUCUGCAGCAGUGGAGUUUGUCCGGCUCACCCACCCCCACCCCAAGGUGGAGAAAUAUGUGACGCUGUACGCCCGAGCCCUCCAUGCCACUCUGAAUGGGGCGUGUCUGAAGCAGCAAGCGGAGGCCUUCCUCAAGUCACCCGACCUGGACGCAUGGGACACUUGCAAGCCCUACAUACAGAAAGCAGCCAGGUUUCCAACCUCUUCUGCAGAGGGGCUCAAGGUUCACCAGAGUGCAGUGGAAAUGCUUGGCAUGGCCUGCUACACCCGAGGUGCCCUCAGUAGUAUGUUCUACCUAGCACAUGAGUUUCACAACGACCCUCAUGGAGGGAUCCUGGCAAACACCAAUUGUGGCGGAGAGAACUGCAACAGGGGUUCUGCUUUGGGGGCUCUGCUGGGGGCAAGGGCAGGGUACACGGGUGGAUCUGUACCCCAGGAGUGGAAGGAUGGAUUGAGGAACACACAGGAACCAAUCCAUGAAAUACUAAAGAUGCUCCGAGACUGCCCCCUAUAGGACUUAAAGCCAGCAUCAGAGCACUGACACACAUACCUUACCUUACCUUUUGGUUGGUGUUCACAUGCUGGCCGUUGUAUGCACAAAAAGAUACCUUACAAUGAAAAAGAUUACUAUGCACAAA